CCCUGCAGCUGCCCAGCGGCCAGAAGCGAAAGAGGUGUCCAGGCAGCAUUGAACUCCCGCGAAACGGAGUCGCCAGCCUUUCCAGCCUCCCUCCUCCACAAAGCGCUCAUAAGUCCUGCAAGGAGCCAGCGCGCAACCGCUUGGCGGUCCACCGAGCAGGAGCGAGAGCGAGGAGAGGCUGCAGAAGUCGCAACAGUUUUUGCUUUUAAACAAGAGCUCCUCCCGUUCCCCUCCGUGUAAUCGCACAGUUCUGGAGCAGUGGCGUCAAGCAGCAUGUCGGGGUGGGUGCUGAGUCUGUUGCUGUUGUGCAGCUGGAGCUUGAGUGACUUGGUCGUGGACGCCUGCACCUGCGUCCCGAUUCACCCCCAAGAUGCCUUCUGCAAUUCUGACAUUGUUAUCCGAGCCAAAGUAGUGGGCAAGAAGCUUAUGAAAGAUGGACCUUUUGGAACAAUGCGAUAUACUGUCAAACAAAUGAAGAUGUACAGAGGUUUUGAGAAGAUGCCACAUGUUCAAUACAUCUACACAGAGGCCUCUGAAAGUCUUUGCGGGGUCAAGCUUGAAGUCAACAAGUACCAGUAUAUGAUUACAGGCCGAGUAUAUGAUGGAAAGGUUUACACUGGGCUGUGCAACUUGAACGAGAAAUGGGAUCAACUGACUCUAGCCCAACGCAAGGGACUGAACCAUCGUUAUAACCAAGGCUGCGGCUGCAAGAUUAAGCCCUGCUACUACCUUCCGUGUUUUGUGACCUCCAAGAAUGAGUGCUUGUGGACGGACAUGCUCUCCAACUUUGGCCUUUCAGGGUCCCAAUCAAAGUAUUUUGCGUGCAUCCAGCAGAAGGAAGGUUAUUGCAGCUGGUACAGAUCAUGGGCACCUCCUGAUAAGACCAUCAUCAAUGCUACAGACCCCUGAACACUCAACCCUCUUUCUUGUUUCUUCUCUCCCAUGUGGUUGAGCAUUCUUUGGACACUAACUUGUAUCAGAUCAUGGUGAAAACAAUGAUAUUAGUGCCUGUUUCUUGCAAAUUUUAGCACUUCAAACUUUUAAAAAGAAACUUUGCUGUCUUGAGUAUUUGUUGUUUUAAAUCACUUUAAAUUUUUUGCUAUCACCCAUUUUGUUCAGAAGACAUUUGUCUGGGAUUUUGUGUUUACACACCAGAUAAAUAAGGGAGUGUUUGCUCUCAGUUAUAUAUCAUUAUCUAUAUAGCAAUACAAUUUAUAUUUUUGUAGGAAAACAAAAAUUUCAAAAAUGUCCCAGAUGGGUUUUCAAUCACAGCUCCAGCCCCUCUCUUGUUGCUUCCUAAACUGCUUCUUCGUUCAUGCAUUCAGCAUAUAGACAAAAUGAAACCAGUUUGGCUUAAAAAUUUGAGAGCAUUAAGCCACAUGCCUGAGGAAGGACAAGCAAGUUAUAUCUGUAUAACUAGAUGGAGCAGUGGGAGAAUCCAGAUGUCAUGUACAUUAAAAGCACCAUAUCAAAAUAUCUGCCAUGUGCCAAAUGUGUUCCAUGGUAGCUUUGUAUUUGCCCAAAGCAUAAACAAUAUCUUUUUAAAAACCAGAUCCAAUUAAUGGAGGCAAUCUCUUUUCUAGUUGCAAAAAAGACGACCUGUUUAGAACCAAAUUAACCCUACACUUUUUGUGUUUUGGUCUGGCUGCAGAGUUGCCAUUUCAGCAUCUAGAAAAAACUCGAAUGUAAACUAUUAAUACAAUUUUUAAAAAAAAAACAUAUCUGGAUGGGGGACAAGGAGACCACCGGAGAAAGGGGAUAAAAGAUGACAAUUAUGGCUGAGAAAUUAGCUGACAAAAUACUGUUUUUUAUUGAACUAAGGUGUAUAUAGAUGUGAUGAUAUAAGCUAUUUUUGACAGGACAUGGAACUGUUUCAUGCUAAGAGCAAUGAAAAGCUUAAUUCUUUUGCUUAAAAGGAGCGAUCAUACAUUCCAAGUCACUGCUUAUUGUUUUAUUCUUGUUUAAUUCUAAACGAUUUUGGAAUGUCAAUGUUUCUACACUAGUGAUAGUAAUCUGUUUAUUUGCCACACUGUGCUUCCCUUCCCUCACUCUCUUUUUAGUCACACAACUGUUUUUGACAUUGAAAGGUCACCACUGGUGAUAUUGCGCCUGUUAAUAUUCCUCUGAUAAAAUGGUCUUGUGAAAAUGCCCCAAAUGUCAGGCUAACCAAACAUACUGAAAAAGUCUAGUUUCUUAGACUUUUCAGGGAAUGGUUGUGAUAACUUAGGAGUUUUAUAUCACACAGGAGUGGGAAGGGGGCACUGGUGGAUUUUCACAAUAUUACAUUGUCAGGUGACUACUGGGAGGGGGAAAAUUACCCACUGGUAAUUUUCCCUCAUGAAUGGUUUGUAUAAGAAUGUACAGUGAAAGCAACAGAAACUGCACGACAGACAAGAUGGGGAGAGAAUAUGUAAUCCCAGUUACACAUGCUCAGAGAGAAGCAGUCCCUAAAGCCCUUGGUCUGAAUGAGCAAAGGAUCAUUUCUGGGGGAUGAUGUGAUGUAACUAUUUCAUUUCUGGAUCAUUUCUGGGGGAUGAUGUGAUGUAACUAUUCAGUCAUAGUUAAGCAGAUCUGUGGUCAGAGACUCUGUAUGCCUUCUGGAAACAUGGAUUUAGGAGCGGGUUACCCCAUCUUCUCUGUAGACUGGAUGAUUUGUUUGUUUUUAUUAUGAAAAAACAUAAUAUAAAAUCUUUUAAUAAAAAGUAAGAAGUAUUUUACAUUUUGAUGUUGUCAAAGAAUAGGGUUACUGAUAAGAUGGGCGAUUGUCUAUUUUAUUGAGGUUUUGGUAUGGAGCAUAGAACUGAUGCUUAACACAAGUUUUGUGUUCUUGUUAUUGCUAUCAUUAUUUUUCUUACAUUGAAUCUUCAGUUCAUUCCAUGUAGGAAAACGUAUCUGUCAUAAGCUGGAAAUUACUCUGUGAUAAACACAAGCAUGUUUGUAGCUGCCCCCUUGCAGUGAAAUCAACUAUUAAAUCCUUGUGGACAGGGGAACUUCACAACUGUGCUGGAACUCCAGCACCUGGAAGAGAUUGCUGAGCUGGGGUUCAGAACUGCCACCUUAUAUCUUUUUCCUCAUGCCCUUAAGCCCAGUUAAUAUCAAUGGUAGUCUACAGGCUUGAGGAGAUCGUGCAGUAGAAAUGUUUCUGGCUAUACCAAUUUUACAUUGCAGGUGAGGGGCACAUCUCCAUGAACAGGAUCUCUGCACAUAGAAAAUCAGCAAGUCAGAGAGAAUAGUAUAACGACAUACAGUUUUCUAUAAUAUAUUUGAUAGCUCUUACAUGUGAUCUCCAGUAUGCUGACUGAAGUGGCAUGGUGCAGUUUUAUCAUGUGGUUUUGCAUAGACUGGUCCUGAUUUCAAAAUUGAACCAAAAACAAAGGUAUUCAGUGAUAAUUCUAGAAGUGAACUAGGGCCCUGGACCUUUGUUUGAUAUGAGGAUAUCCAGAAAAGGAAGUGAGAGAGUUUUUUUCAAGUGUGCCUGAGUUUUAGGGUUACACAAUCACAUUUUUGUAAUGAUUUCUAGAAGGAAGAUCUUACCCUUUAGGAUACUCAUUAUUUGGAAACCUUUAUUAUUAAGGGCUUACUAUAACUAACAAAGUGCCUUUGGUAGUAGAAGGGAUCUUGAACUAAUGCUUUAAAAGAGCUAGAGGAAAUUAAUUUACAGUCCUGACACUGCUUACAUCUAAAAAAACUGAAAUGGCCAGGAUUUGCCUGUAUCUGCUUCAAUGUUCAACCACAAGCCUGGAGAGAAGAAAAGGCCACCUGACUGCUGCCUAACAGUGGAAAGCUGCACAAUACCUGCUGGUAACAGGACCUUUCUCUUGCGCAUAACCAAGGACACUGGUCCGUAAUAAGGGCUCUCUUUCCAUUAUACAAAUAACAACAACGAAGUCUGCACAUACAUGACACAGAGUGCACAGAUCCAGGACUGCGGCUAUGUAUAUCACAGUAUCCCUUAACUUUGACUAUUCACUCAGCUGUACAACUUUAAAGAUCUGAUCAAUAGUCACAUAUACAAGUUGGGAGGUCUUAAGCCUUAGUAAGAUUGCCAGACAACUACCUGCCUAUUGGUCAGAUCCUGAAACUUGUGUAGUCCAUUCAACACCACUUAAAAUCACACUGGGACUGAGUUUAAAAAAUUAUCUCUACUAAACCGUUUCCCUCAAAAUGGAUGUUAUCCACUGAAGUGCAGCCAAUUAAUGGUAGGGAGAGAGCUGUGGAAGGAACUCCCUUGUUUAGCACCUGCUGCCGUAUUUCCACUGAUUGGCAACUGACUGGUUUUUAUUAUUUUCAUUGACUGUAGAAGUUCAAGACCAUAGCUGACACUCUACAGUACUGAUAAUGAGGAAAUCUCUAGCUACUAAUAAUUUUUUUUGGCAUAUGGAUUUCCAUUUUGCAAUGCAGAAGGUAAAACGUAUUUUGAAAUGUGCAACACAGCUAAAUGGGCAAGGACAGAGGAGUGCAGCCCUUCACCCUACUAAGUAAGGAAUCUGACACACAGGGUUUUUUGUUUGGGAGGCAAAAGGAGGGGAAAGAGUGAAGAAUCCAGCAAAAAUACAUUUGGGGGGGGGGGAGACCUCUGAAUUCCUUAGCGCUAUGACUAACCACUUUCAAUUUUAAAGAAUUAAGAUAUGGUGUAUAUCUUAAUUUUUUGGAGAUGUAAAGUGCAUUUUAGUCUUUUGUUACUUACUCCCACAAUGAUCUAGGCCAUCAUUUCCAUUUUAUAGCUUGUCUUGACAAAUGUAGAACUUCAUCCUAGGUAAGCCUGACCCAGGUGCUUAGCUUAGCAUUUGUCAUCGAGGCCUGAGCCACACCUUUUGAGGUCAAUUGACACCUUUCCAUUGAUUCAAAAUGUUUUGGUUUGUGCAAAUCAACUCUUUCAAAGGAAACCAAUCCUAUGCCUCUUCAAUCAGAAGCCAGCCCUAAUGAACUGAGUUGUUUCAGAAAAGGGGGCCUAGGAUUGCAGCCUUAAUCUGCUUUUUCUUCUGCUUCACCCUCUUGAUAAUUCUGGACAUUCGUGAGUGAUCUGGGAGAAAAAUCCUCCACAGAAGGAACGUACUUUUUGCUAGGGUUUGUAGCACUGUUUACAGUUUUCUUCCUUGUUUGUUAUUUAUAAAUUUUAUAUCCAUUGAAUGUAUAUUGUCUAUUAAGGUAAUAAUGUUCACUUUUAUAGUGUUCUUUUAUUCUAAAACAAUAAAGUGUUUUAUUUCUAUCA